GACGACGGUGAUGGUUCGACUUAUUUCGGAGGUCGGAGCAUCCGAUUCCCAUCUCUCCCUCUCAUCGACGUUUGGAAGAAGAAAAAAUGGGGAUGAGAUCUCGCAUGGAGGCGAUCAUCUCUUCGAUCGUCCUCGUCCAUCCCCACGAGAUCUCGGCUCUGAUCCACUCCGCCUCCUGCUUCUUCUUCAUCUUGAGCGCCUACUUUGUCAUCCUUCCGCUUCGGGACGAAGGGGCGAUAUCUUUGGGACUGAACAAUCUUCCCGGUCUCUUUGUGGGUUCUCUUCUCCUGACGCUCGUCGCUGCUCCGCUGUCAACCUUAAUCUUUUCGCUCCCCAAUCUCUCUAAAGCUAGGGCUUUGGUUUUGAUACACAGAUUUUUUAGUGUAUCCCUUCUUGUAUUCUUCAUUCUUUGGCAUGCCUCAUCGUCUUCACAACUACGUUCUGUCUCCAAGGUCUCUGAUCCUCAUUCACCCUCAUCUGAAAAUGGAAAAGAAAACAUCAGCUCAGAUAGUCCUAGCAAUUCUGCGGGAUGGGGUAACCAUGGUUGGUUUUAUAUUGUGGUCCGAAUAAGCUUGUUUCUAUGGGUUGCAUUGCUUAAUCUUGUUACAAUUUCAUCAACUUGGGCACGAAUAAUUGAUGUCAUGGACAGUGAGUCAGGCUCAAGAUUGUUUGGCUUCAUUGGUGCUGGUGCUACACUUGGUCAGCUCUUUGGCUCAUUGUUUGCGGCAAGCAUGGCUUGGCUAGGAUCAUUUCUGCUCCUGUUUUCUGCUCUCUUAAUGGAGCUUGCUGCACAGUCAUCUAAAGGAAUCAGCCAUGAUGCACACCAUGAUCCUGUGGAGUUAUCCACCACCGGUAGAGAAGAUAUUCAAGAUCAACAUACUGAUUCCAAAGAAGAGAUGUCUGCCCUUGUAGAGUCUUCUCCAAAAUCACCUGCUCAUUCAGUGAAACCUCAGCUUUUUGUCGUGUUGGAAGGGCUUUGGCUGAUAAUUUCAUCAACUUAUCUCCUCUAUCUGUCUUUAUUUCUGUGGCUGAGUGCAGUUGUGUCUUCCUUCUUCUAUUUUCAGAAGGUAACAAUAAUUGCCACGACUGUCACAAGCCCUCUUGCUAGAAGAAGAUCUUUUGCACUUAUAAACAGCUUCAUUGCUGUUUUUAUUCUUGCUGGACAACUUACUUUAACGGGUCGCAUUCUUACUGUUGCUGGUGUUACUGUUGCUAUUUGCUCAGCACCAUUCGUCGCAAUUUCAAAUAUGGUUGCUCUGGCUGUAUGGCCAACAUGGAUUGCAGUCACUGUCUCUGAGACUAUUAGAAAGGUAACCACAUAUGUUGUAACAAGACCAGGAAGGGAACUGUUAUUCACUGUUGUCUCACAGGAUGAAAAGUACAAAGCCAAGGUAUGCAUAGAUGUUAUAGUUCAAAGACUCGGUGAUGCAACUGCAGCUGGAAUAUACAAGUUGCUCUUUGGCAACCUUAACAACCAUACAUCUGCAGUAUCUCUCUAUGCACUGCCACUAUGUAUCUUGUGGUUAGCCACAGCAUUUCAUCUGGGACAGCGCCAAACAAAACUUGCUAAGCUACAGGCUGUUUCUACACCUUAAAUUUCUUUAGAAAGGCCAAACAGACCACUUGGCAUAGUGAAAAAUGACAUACACUGCUUAGAUGAAGGAAGACAAACAGCUAGGAGCAGGAAUACUAGAAAAUUGAUGUUGAUUUGUGCGCCAGCAAGUCACUUGUUAUAUACUAUUGAAGUUUCUUCUGCCAUUGUAUAUUUCACACAUGAUCCAAGGACUUCAUACAUGAUCCAAGGCUGCUCUUUCCACAAUCCAUCAACUAGGUCCACCUUUGUCGGGCAAUUGUGUUGGUUGGCAUCAAUUGAGCUUUUCCUGUAAGUACCUCUGGUUUGUUUGCAUGUGCGGAUAUCCAGAGGGUAAAUGAUCUUGACCUCUCCGUAAAUGAAUUCUUUGUUAUGUGACCAUCAGGUAUUUCUUUUGCCUGUUUUAGAAUUAAAAUAUUAGGUCUGGAUCGGAGAUAUUGUACCAAAUGAUGCAACUGGAUUCUCAAUGGCUUAGUUUGUAUUGUCAAAUAUGAUAUGUUAUUAUCCUCACAGGCCGUGAUAAUUAAGUGGGCAGUUCAAUUUGAGAGGCAAGAUGUAUGCUUAUGUAUCUGACUAUGGCUUAUAUAUCUGACCAUCAUGUUUUAGGGUGACAUGAUGUUAAUAUUUUAAA